AUGCGGUCCAUUAACCGUUUCUCUCCCCUUCAGGCGGUGGACUCCAGAGACUCCAUGGCCAUGGCUCUUUACUCGCAGUGUUUCAACUGGAUCAUCCGCAAGCUCAACACCCGCAUCCGAGGACGAGAGGACUUCAAGUCCAUCAGCAUCCUCGACAUCUUCGGCUUCGAGAACUUCGAGGUGAACCGCUUCGAGCAGUUCAACAUCAACUAUGCAAACGAGAAGCUGCAGGAAUAUUUCAACAAGCACAUUUUCUCCCUGGAGCAGCUCGAGUACAACAAGGAAGGUCUGGUUUGGGUGGACAUCAACUGGAUGGAUAACGGAGAGUGCCUGGAUCUCAUCGAGAAGGUACGACGCUUAUUAAAACACCUUUUUCUUCUGCAUGGACGUUAUACACUUAAAGGUCAACAAGUCCUUUUAAUUCCCGUACAUUCAAGACAUUUCAUUUAAUUAUCCGUAUGCAAAAAUGGUCUUCAAAUCCAGAAAGUUAACUUUGGCUUAAGUCAUUUUGACUUCAAUACUGUCUAUUUCCCCAAUGUUUUAUAUUCCAAAUAAACUGAGGCAACAAUAACAAACAGUUAUACUCUUAAGUCAACUUAAUUGUCAAUCUUUCAGAGUGUGUGUACAGACAGAGAGAUACUGUUUCCCACAAUCCAGAAUACAAAAACAAAAA